CUUCAAAGCAAGCAAAGAACAUUCUGACUUCACAGAAAUCAAUUCAACACGAAAGGAAAAAUUGAACAAACCCUAUUAAGCAAUGUCAUAGCUGUUUUCUUUCAAUUGCCGAGUUCUUAGUUUGUUUAACAAUGUCUGCUGUUAGGUUUUCAAAUGUAAGGUUUCUACAUAGUUCAAUCAAGGGUUAUUUCAAUUUCCAAAAUGUUCAAAAUUACCCUAAUAGGGCUUUGAAUCUUGUAAGAGUUUCGAGUUUUUCGAUUGAUUUGUUGAGUCGUUGUUAUUCCAAAGGAAAGUUUGCUCAAAAUCAGUUUAGCAAUUUGGGUUCUGUAUCUGGUGAAAGGAGUUUGAAUUCUGUGUUUGAUUCUAGAUUGUCUAGGGUGUGUUUCCGGAGGAGUGUUGGAUUGUUGAAUGUUGCUUCGAUGAGUCAUGUGUUGAAUUGUCGAAUGUAUUCGUCGUCUUUGGGUGGGAAAGGAAGAGGAAAUAAUGAAACGGAAGUGGCUGCUAGUGGUAACGAUGGUGGUGAUUCGGUUGUUUCGGGUGAUUUGGUUGAUAGGGUGAAAGAUACAUGGAAGAGUGUUGCGGAGACUGCUUCUUAUGCUGGGGAGAAGAUUAAGGAAACUUCUGAUGAUCUUACUCCGCAUGUUCAACAGUUGCUUGAUUCACAUCCUUAUCUUAAUAUGGUGGUUGUUCCGGUUGGUGGUACUUUAACUGCCACGGUAAUAGGUUGGUUCUUUUUGCCGAGGAUUUUGAGGAGAUUUCACAAAUAUGGAAUGCAAGGUCCUGUUGCUCUAUUUCAAGGAGGCGUGUCUGGGGAGCCAGUUCCGUAUGAGAAAAGCUUUUGGGGUGCUAUGGAAGACCCAGUGCGAUAUUUAGUUACCUUCUUGGCGUUCUCACAAAUUGCUGUAAUGGUAGCUCCAACAGCUAUAGCAUCUCAAUAUCUUGCUCCCACUUGGAGGGGUGCAGUGAUACUUUCAUUUGUAUGGUUUUUGCAUAGAUGGAAAACAAAUGUUUUUGCACGAACUUUGUCCAGUCAAAGUGUACUUGGACUUGAUAGGGAGAAAAUGCUUGCUCUAGACAAAAUCUCAUCUAUUGGUCUAUUUGUGAUUGGCAUAAUGGCUUUGGCUGAGGCUUGUGGCGUGGCUGUGCAAUCUAUUGUAGCUGUUGGUGGUGUAGGAGGAGUUGCUACUGCUUUUGCUGCCAGAGACGUACUCGGCAAUGUGUUCAGUGGUUUAUCCAUGCAGUUUUCAAAGCCCUUUUCAAUUGGAGAUACAAUAAAAGCUGGAUCGAUAGAAGGUCAAGUGCUGGAAAUUGGCCUUACUAGCACAUCAUUGCUGAGUCCUGAGAAGUUCCCAGUCAUUGUGCCAAAUUCCUUUUUUUCAAGCCAGGUAAUUGUGAACAAGUCCCGUGCCGAAUAUCGUGCCAUUAUUACCAAAAUCCCUCUGCAAAUUGAGGAUUUAAGUAGGAUUUCCGAGAUAUCAAAUGAUGUAAAAAGCAUGUUAACAUCAAAUGCAAAAGUUUUCUUAGGAAAAGAUGUUCCCUACUGUUUCUUGUCACGUGUUGAAAGUUCAUUUGCAGAAUUGACUCUUGGAUACAACCUCAAACACAUGCGCAAAGAUGAGUUCUACGCUGCAGAACAAGAUAUUCUCCUACAAGCAGUUCAGGUCAUUAAGAAUCACGGCGUUGCUCUUGGCAGCACAUGGAAUGACACUAAGUAACAUACUCAACCCAAGAACAGUUUUUGGAUGCUUGAUUUCAAAACAUGAUAAGCCGUAGUUUUAAAUGUACAAAGUCUGCAACUAUACUAAGCUCAAAAAAGUGAUCUUCCCAAACAGGAACGAAAUAGCCAUAGUUUGCAGCCAAAUCAAUUUUCUUUCAUUACUCGGAACUGUAUAGUCAGAUAUCAUUUACCUUCAGAUUUCUUACUUUGUUUUACUAAAUGAUAUAAAAAGUUAUACAUUUAUGAGCUAGGCAAUAUGAAUAAAAUCUACCAAAUGAGUUAAA